GUCCCGUUCUCCGCGCCACCUUGCCGGCCUGCUCCCCGAUGCUACGCGUACUGCCCCGCGCGCUGCGCCUCCCGUGCUCCUGGAGGUUCUCGGGGGCCCGGGACUGCGCCUCUCACGCGACGACCAGGACACCCGAAAUCCAAGUGCAGGCUCUGACAGGUCCCAACCAAGGAAUCACUGAGAUUCUGAUGAACAGACCUAAUGCCCGCAAUGCCUUGGGGAAUGUGUUUGUUAGUGAGCUGCUGGAAGCUCUGGCCCAGCUUCGGGAAGACCAGCAAGUCCGGGUCCUGCUCUUCAGAAGUGCGGUGAAGGGAGUGUUCUGUGCAGGUGGGUGCCCAGUCACCCUCUCCUCUUCAGGGACUGGAAUGCCUUAGGGCUCUGGCAUAGGACAGGUUCCCAUUUGACAAUAUGAACGCACUUGAAGACACAGGCAGGUGAAGUUCCUCGCCAAGUUUGGUUUACACAGCUUAGUGAGGGAAGGGAGAGAGUGAGAUUCAGUUUGAACUUGGCCUCUCUGACCCAUAUCUAUUCUUUCUGUUCUACCUGGCUUCCUUCUGACCCUUUAUGGAGGAAAUGGAGACACUGAGUCCCAACAUGCUCACAAGGUGCAGACCUGAAGGAGCGGGAGCAGAUGAGUGAUGUGGAGGUGGGGACCUUUGUCCAGCGGCUCCGAGGCCUGAUGAGUGAGAUCGUUUCCUCCUCAGAUAACCUGGCUGAGGUACCAUGUGAGGUUCCCUAAUCUGGGAUCUGCAAGACCCUCUAGGCUACCAGUCUCGGCCCUCUGUCCUGGACCUGCUAGUCUUUGCAGGCUGAACCCAUCUUUGUUUCUACAGCAGCCUUCCCUGUGCCCACCAUUGCAGCCAUGGAUGGGUUUGCCUUAGGCGGGGGCUUGGAACUUGCCCUGGCCUGUGACCUCCGAAUAGCAGCUUCUUCGGCUGUCAUGGGGCUAAUUGAGACCACUCGAGGACUUCUCCCAGGAGCAGGAGGGACUCAGAGGCUGCCUCGCUGCCUGGGCGUGGCCCUAGCGAAGGAGCUCAUCUUCACAGGCCGGCGACUGAACGGGGCACAGGCCCGUGAGUUGGGCCUGGUAAAUCAUGCCGUGGCUCAGAAUGAGGAGGGUAACGCUGCCUACCACCGGGCCCUGGCACUGGCACAGGAGAUCCUGCCCCAGGCUCCCAUUGCUGUGCGCCUGGGCAAAGUUGCCAUCGACAGAGGAAUGGAGGUGGACAUUGCAUCAGGGAUGGCCAUAGAACAGAUGUGCUAUGCCCAGAACAUCCCAACCCAGGACAGGCUGGAAGGAAUGGCAGCCUUCAGGGAGAAACGAGCUCCCAAAUUUGUGGGCAAGUGACCCAGCUAACUUUAAGCACACACCAUAAAGUCUAGAUCAUCCAGAGAACCAAGGUACUGACCAUGCAGUGCACUGCCACCUUCCAUACUGCUCACCUUGGCUAGUGACUGGACUCUCUGCAUUCAAAAACUUCGGGUCUUUGUCAUUGGCUCUGAUCACCAUGGAUAGAGCAAUGAGGACUUACUUACUCUCACAGAGUUUCUUUGAGUUAGUGUCAGGAGCCCUCCAGCUCUCUGUAACGCAAGGGGAAUUCUGGACAAACUAUUUAACCUCUCUAUCAGUCUCUCUGAUAUCCCUGUGUUAAUAAACAUGCUGCAACUGUUA